AUGGCUAAACAUUUUUUAUUUUUUACUUUUGUUAUUUUUUUAAUUAAUAAUAGUUUAACAAAUGCAGGAUAUGAAAAUGCAGUUCUUAAAUCUUGUGAGGAAUGCCUUUUGAAAAAUUAUGAACAAUUAUUAAAACUUAUUAAAUGUGAAUACUGUAAUGAGAAUAGUAAUUUUCGUGGAUUUAAUAAUCUCCAAAAAGAAAAUUGUGUAAUCACUAAAGAAGAAUGUGAAGAACUUUUAAAAAAUAAAGACGCAUUAAGAAACUUAUUAGUUAACAUUAAACCAGAAGAAUUUACAGGAAACGUUAGAACAAAUGCAGAUAACUUAAAAGAAUUAAUUAAUGUAGUGGAAAUUCAAAAAAGAGAUAUUGAUAUGUUAAGAAAAAUAAUAGAUGGUAUACAAGAGAAUAAAACAGUCAUGUUAAUUAAUCGUGAUAAUAACGCAACAAUUGCAAAUUUGAGUAGCCAGUUGAUGAAUUUAAGAAAUAAUGUUGAUUAUCUUCAAAGGAACCAUGAAUUAAUUCAAAAUGAAUUAGCUACAGAAGGACAAAAAGAAAUUCAAGAAUUACAGGAAUUGUAUAAAUUAAAAAAAGAAUUAGAUGAUAUUAAUGAAGGAAUUGAAAAAUUUUCUAAUAUGCAAAAUUAUGAAUUAGGUAAUUUUAAUAUAGAAAGUUUAGUAAAAAAUGGUUUACAAGAUAUUAUAGGUAAGGGAGGAGAAGAAUUAUUGGAUACCGUAAAAAAAUCAGUAAUUACUAGUGAUGAUGUUGUAACAAAAGAAUUAGUUAACAUGUUAGAUGGAAAAGAAUUAUUAGAUAAAUUAAUAAAUAAAGAUAGUAAAGCUGCAGAAACUACUGCAUCAAACUUGGAUGAAGCAGUCGUUAACCAAUUAGAUCAAUUAAAAACAAGAUUAACUUCUUAUGAAUUUAUUAUGAAUAGUAUAAAAACUAUUUUCUUAAGUAAGUUAAAGGAACAUUUAUUAAAAGCAUUAUAUGAUGCAUAUACAUCUUACAAAAAAAAAGAAGCAAAAGAAAAUGGAGAACCAGAACCAACCUUUAGCGAACAAAUUAAUAUAGAAGAUAUGAAAAAGGGAAUUGUAGAAAUUGGUGUAAAACUAUUACUUACCAAACUUAGAAUUUUCUUGAAAUUUAUUAAAGGUAAAAUAUUCCCUAAACAAAAUACCAAGUUAGAUAUAAAUUUGAAAAAUUCAGGAAAUAAUAUGAAUGCAAACAAUAUACCUAAUAAUAAUACAGGAGAUAUAUAUGAAGAUGUAAAUGAAUUACAAGAAGCAUUACCACAAAGAGAAGUUAAUCUACUAAGACAUAUUGAUAAUAUUAUAGAAGAAAUUAAUUUUUAUACAAGCAAAUUUCAAGAUAACAAUGAGGUUGAUAUAAGAGAAACACAAGUAGAAACAGAAAUGGUUAAUGAAACAGGAGAACAAGUAAAUGGAGAAAAUGUAGAAACAAGAGAUCAAGUAAAUGAAGAAAACUUACAUCAAGUAAAUGAAGAAAACAUUGAACAAACAAAUGAAGGAAAUGUAGAACAAGUAAAUGAAGGAAAUGUAGAAAACAUUGAACAAACAAAUGAAGGAAAUGAAGAACAAGUAAAUGAAGAAACAGGAGAACAAGCAAAUGAAGUAACAGAUCAAUAA